AUUAUUUACAACAACAAGCUUAUAUUAUUUUGCAACAGUAAUCAUUAUUCUUUUAAAAAGAAAAAAAAAGACCAAUUUAUUAAAAUUUGGUGACCUCUAAAUUAUAAAUUAUUAUAAAUAUAUAAGAAAACAUUAAUAUUUUUAGAUAAAAUAAUUAGUUUAAUAAAAAACCAACAAUUCUUCGGUAAAAUAAACUAAUAAGAAAAGUGGAAUAGAUAAACAAAUACAAAAACAAAUAUAAUAAAAUAAUAAUACAUCUGUGUCAAUAUUUAAUACAUCAUUUUUAAAACUAGCCCAUUUUUUUGGAUAAAAAGUAAAAAGAAAGACUUCUUAAUUAAACUCAAAUAACUAAAGAACAAAAACCAAAGAAAUAGUAUUUAGUUUUAGAAAAUGUGUGUUAAUAAAAGUUGUUUCAAUUCUGCUGCUAUCAUCGUCAACUAAACAAAAAAAAAAAAAAAAACAAAUUUCGUUUUAUUAACAAUUUAUUAAAGAAGAUAAAAAGUUUACUUUGUUUACUAGAGAUUAGGCUAACUAGACUUUAAAAAUUUAUAAAACGAACACCUUCGAAAUCCUUGGAACAACAUGGCUGUCAAUUGGCGUGAACUUUUUCCCACAAAACUUACAUUUCUUAUAUUUAUACUAUACAUGUCCUUGUUCAUAGGGCAGGGUAUAUUUGUUACGGCUUCACAAGAAUCAAACAAUUCCUAUAGCUAUAAUACGGUGACAGUUGUUCUGCUAACUGAAGUUCUAAAACUUAUCGUUUCCGCUACGCUAUACUGUCGAGAAAACAACUUGACCUCAUUAGUAAAAGAUGUGCGCAAGGAUUCCAAUGUUAUGAUGCUAUAUUUCGUUCCAGCUUUUCUCUAUUGUUUGUACAAUAACUUGGCAUUUGUUAAUUUAUCAACUUUUGAUCCAACAACAUAUUAUUUAUUACUACAACUGAGGGUGGUCAUAACGGGUAUUCUAUUUCAAAUAAUCUUUAAAAAAUAUCUCUCACAACGACAAUGGAUUUCCUUAGUACUACUUACUGCUGGAUGUAUGCUAAAACAACUAAAUUUCAAUGGAAUCUAUAGUGCGGCUGACGAUAGUAGCGAAGAUGCCGCAAAAUUAAUGACGAAAAAUCCACACCCAGAAGAAGAACAAGCUAAUACAAUUAUCAGUGGAAAAAAUAUGAGUGGUUUUGAUUUCAGUAUUUCUGCCGUACUAAUUUUGGCACAAACAAUAUUUUCCUGUCUGGCUGGGGUCUAUAAUGAAUAUUUGCUAAAGGACAAAGGAUCCGAUGUGAAUAUAUUCGUGCAGAACGUAUUUAUGUAUCUCGAUUCGAUUGUCUGCAAUGUGGUGAUAUUAUUAAUUAAGGGUGAAUUAUUUUCCGCUUUUACCGCUGAUAGUUUAACAGCUAUAUUUCGUUUUAAAGUCAUUAUCAUAAUUAUCAAUAAUGCUGCCAUUGGCAUUGUUACGAGUUUCUUUUUAAAAUAUAUGAAUUCGAUUUUAAAAACAUUCGCGAGUGCUUUGGAAUUAAUGUUUACCGCUGUCCUAUGUUAUUUCCUCUUCUCAAUACCCAUCUAUAUAAAUACCGCAUUGGCUAUAGCCGUGGUCUCCUAUGCUAUAUAUCUGUAUUCUCAAAGUCCCGUUGUUAAUUUGGGUAAAGUAAGACCAUUAACUAGUUUAAGUGAGGCUAAUAGUAGUGCAACAAAUGCUUCAGCAUUGGAAAAACGUAAAUUUUUAGAUUCUGAGGGUGAUUCUGAAUUAGAAAUGGAUAUGGUGUAGUUUUAAUCGAUAAUAAUGUUUAUAGUGAAUAUGUACAAUGUGUAUUAAUCUAGAAGUUUUGUGUUAAUUUUAAAUAUUUUAUUAAAUUCCUAAUUUGUUAAUUAUAGUAAUUUAAUCUUGUAAAUGUUUUCUUUUCUUUUAAAUAUUAAUUAUUUUUAAGAUAUCUACAAAUGGAGCAUUAAAAUAAAAACAAUUUAAAAAAUCAUUAAUUUUUAACUUAAUAUUUAAAUGUAUGUAAUAUAUACUUUUUUAUAUUUUAAAAUUUCUAUUAAACAGAAAAAGUACUGAAUUUAACACACAUAUUUGUUUUUUUUUAAUUUAUGUGCGUUUAUGUUUAACACAGUUUUAAAUUAGAAGUAAAUUAUUAAUCUUUAGAACAAAACAAACAAAUUUUUAAUAAAUUAAAAGGUCUUUUUUUAUAUGAUUUCCAAAUAAGUUUAAUUAAAUAAAAAUGUAUCCAUCAAACUACAUAUCGUUUUUCUCAAAAUACAAUGUUAGAAUAACAAUGAUAGACGAUUAGUUAAAUUUUUAUUUAUAAAAUAAUUUUUUAUUCCAAGUUUAUCGUAUUUAUUGUCAGAGUUCAUUUUUCAUAAAACAGAAACUUAAAACUAAGUGUAACAUUAAUCUUAUGUUUAAUUAAAAAAAAAAAAAAAAUAAUGAAAUUACAUUUUCUUAUUAAAGUCAAGUAAAAAGGGUGAAGCUC